UUGUUUUAUUUUUAGUUUUAGUUCUAAAAAAUGUCUAAAAACGAAAUCAAAAAAACUAUAACUUUAGUUAGUUCAUCAGUAAACAACUUUUCACCAAUCAAUCACAGCACAUAUGACCCAUUAUCAUUUUGUGAAAAAAGGAAGAAAUCAAACCAGUCUGAGAGAACAAAUUCUUUUUAUUGCACUAAUAUAUCACCAGCAACUACCCCAUCAUAUCGUGAUAACAAAGCUGGAUGGUUUGAAACUCACAACAAACAUGCUGCCUUAGCUGUUAAUUCAAAAUCUGAAGUUAUUUUAAUUGGUGAUUCCAUCAUAGCAGGGUUAUCUCGUUAUCAUAAUGUAUGGAGAAAGUAUUUUAAUCCAUUAAAAGCUCUUAAUUUUGGUAUUGGUGGUGAUCGUACACAACACGUUCUGUGGCGUGCAGAAAAUCUAACUUUAAGUCACGCAAUAAAAUAUAUUGUUAUUCAUUGUGGAACUAACAACUUAGAUCAUGAUAAUUCACAAGACAUUGCUAAUGGAAUUAUAUCUAUUGGACUUGUUUUCCAAGAAUAUAACCCAAACAUAAAAAUCAUUGUUACUGGACUUUUACCACGAGACUCUUUUAGUAGUUCUUUUCGGCGAGAGAAAAUUUUGCAGACAAAUAAUUUUUUAAAAAAGUUGUGUAAAAAUAAGUUAAACAAUUUCUUUUAUAUGAAACAAGAUGUUGAUUGGACAUUAGAAGAUGGCGACUUGAAUGUAAAACUUUAUUAUUCAGAUUGCUUACAUUUAGUUGAAACAGGAAAUAAUAAGCUUGCUAUAUCAAUAGUUUCAAUAUUAAAUAAAGUAAGAUGUGAGGAGAACAUUAUGUAUUCUUCAGAUGAUUUUGAAAGUGAAUUUCAUACAAAUUUUGAUAAAAAAAGACAAUUUACUAAGCGCAGAGGUUCGCCUUUAUUUUUUUCUGCAAAUAAACGUCUUCGAAGCCAAGAAUUUGUUUAUGAAUCAAGACGUUCAUUAGCUGAAGAAACAGAUAGUAAAUCAAACAAAAGUUUAAGAAAACAGUACAGUGUUAGCAAGCUGACUUCAGUAAUCAAAUCAAAAAUCCAUGCUGCAAUUGUUGGCAGAAAAAAUGAAGACACUAAACUUAAAUCUGUUGCAAAGUCAAUUGAUAUAUCCAGUCUCGAUGAUAUGAAAAGGAAAAAAGCACGCCUUUUGAAGUUUGAUAUCUGAUUAAUGUCAGACAAAUUUUUUUUUAUACCUGUUUAUAAAAUGCAGUUACUAUAUCAACUGUAACUUAUUUGAUAUA